AUGUUUUAUAUAACACCAACGCAGGCACUUGAGAAGUUUGCAGAAAACUCGUCUGCCAACCGGUUCAGGCUUGGAGGGCUGGUCAAGGAGGGCAGUGUUCGCAUCCCUGCCGGAAGCAUCGAGAUGGAAUUUGUUGUCACCGACCUGGCAACCGAUAUCCUGGUUCGUUACAGGGGUGCGCUGCCAGAUCUGUUCAGGGAGGGCCAUUCCGUGGUGGCGGAGGGGUUUUUGCGGCCACUCAGCCAAGCCAACACCGCUGCUUUCACUGCGAGUAGCCCUGGCAGCAGCAUCGGUAGUGCCACCAGCAGUAAUAGCAGCAGCGGCAGUGGAUUUUCGGGGAGGGGGACGAGUGUGUUGGGAGUUGUAGAGGCGGAGGGUGCAGUAGUGGGGGGAGGGAUUGGGGAAGGGGGAGCAAGUGGGGAAGGUGAGGGCGGUGGGGAGAAGGGGGCGGAGGAGUGGGAGGAUGUGAGUGCGAGUGCGCGGAGUGUGGGUUACUUCUUUGCUGCGACUGAAGUGCUGGCGAAGCAUGAUGAAAACGCGGGACAGAGUGUGUGGUUCUUCUUUGCUGCUUCUGAAGUGCUGGCGAAGCAUGAUGAGAAAUACAUGCCCAAGGAGGUGGCAGCAGCUUUGGAGAAGAACAGAGCAGCAAUGGAGGCAGCAGGGGAAGGGGAAGACACGAGUAAUGGGGAGGGGGAAGGGAAGGCGGGAGAAGAUGGGGAAAGAAGUGUGGAGGAGGCACAGAAAGGAAAGAAGUCAUCGGUUGGGAGUGGUGGUGGCGGUGGUGCAUUGGGGAUGGGGGAUGGUGCAAAGAAGCCUGGGAAGCUAAGCAAGCUUGGACAAUCACCUAGUGUUUCUCAGGGAUAUGACAUUCCUUCCUAA